UCUCAGUACUAGAUUGGGCCUCGUAUAUAUAGAACUUAGCAUUUGACGAUGGGGAACAGUUUUUCAGGACUAACCACGAAAACGACAAAUCCAUACAGCAUGAAAACGAUCGGCGUUGCCCUGUUGGCGAUGGUGGCCCUUUUUGCCCUGAUGGAGGUCACUGGAUCCCUGCCAGCACCCGAACCUAGCCGACGCUUCUUCUUCGGAGGCAGUCCCUACGGCUUCGGCGGCUACGGCUAUAGACCCUUCGGAUACGGCUUCGGCUACGGUGGAUACGGCGGAAGUUUUGGAGGUUUUGGUGGUGGAUUUGGUGGAUACAGUGGUGGUUUCUUCGGCUGAUUAACAUCUUUCAUGACUACACUGAACGUUUCAGUAACAUUCAUAGUUUCCAUUUAGUCGGAAAUCCUAAAAUGCUCAAGUAUUUUUUAAUACGAAAACAUUUUUUCUAUUUCUAUGUGCAAUAAAUUCUCAAAUUUCA